UUACGAAAUCGCGUGGUUGCAACCGAUUUAUUACGGUUCCGGUGGAAGUGAGGCGUGUCCGAGACCGAGCUCGCCGCGAGUGUGAUAUCAGAACCCGAGCAACGAGGAUCAGUGACGUGCGUAAUCGCGAGGGACUCGUUUUUUGGUUAUUCGAAGUGCGGCUCGUGCAGCAGGUAGUCGAAACGUCGACCGACGGCCAUCAUUGUUGUCAAGAUGGCGUCGAAAGGAAAGCUAGCGACUGAGCAUGGCCGCUCAGACUCGUACAGGGUCGCGACGUUACCGAAACUUCGCGAUGACAACAAAACAGCUGACGGGAUGUACAAGUCGCGGCGGAAGCAACCAAAGCGGAGGACGGACAAUUUAGAUGACUUGAAGCAGGAGUUGGACAUCGACUUCCACAGGAUCACGCCCGAGGAACUGUAUCAAAGAUUUCAAACGCACCCCGAAAACGGCCUCAGCCAUGCGAAGGCAAAAGAGAACCUGGAGAGGGACGGUCCGAACGCAUUGACGCCACCGAAACAGACGCCGGAAUGGGUGAAAUUCUGCAAGAACCUGUUCGGUGGUUUCGCGUUGCUGCUGUGGAUCGGCGCGAUCCUCUGCUUCAUCGCGUACUCCAUCCAGGCGACGACAAGCGAGGAUCCGAACGACGACAAUCUGUACCUGGGCAUCGUGCUGGCGGCGGUCGUGAUAGUGACUGGCAUAUUCUCGUAUUACCAAGAGAGCAAAUCGAGCAAGAUCAUGGAAUCGUUCAAGAACAUGGUACCGCAGUUCGCGACCGUGAUCAGGGAGGGCGAGAAGACUCAGCUGAGGGCGGAGGAAUUGGUGCUGGGAGACGUGGUCGACGUGAAAUUUGGCGACCGUAUACCGGCCGACAUCAGGAUUAUCGAGUCGCGAGGAUUCAAGGUGGACAACAGUUCGCUGACUGGCGAAUCCGAGCCCCAAUCGAGGUCUCCAGAAUUCACGAACGAUAACCCGUUAGAAACAAAAAAUCUCGCGUUCUUCUCCACGAAUGCCGUUGAAGGCACCGCAAAAGGAGUGGUGAUCUGCUGUGGUGAUCAGACAGUGAUGGGAAGAAUUGCUGGUUUAGCAUCUGGCCUUGAUACUGGUGAAACACCGAUCGCUAAGGAGAUUCACCACUUCAUUCAUUUGAUUACGGGCGUGGCCGUGUUCCUUGGGAUAACGUUUUUCCUCAUCGCGUUCAUUCUCGGUUACCAUUGGCUCGACGCGGUUAUCUUCUUGAUCGGAAUUAUCGUAGCUAACGUACCGGAAGGUUUGCUCGCGACCGUCACCGUGUGCUUGACGCUUACUGCGAAACGUAUGGCGUCGAAAAAUUGCUUAGUAAAGAAUCUGGAAGCCGUCGAAACGCUUGGCUCUACGUCUACCAUCUGCUCGGACAAGACCGGAACCCUGACGCAGAACCGCAUGACCGUCGCACACAUGUGGUUCGAUAAUCAGAUCAUUGAAGCGGACACGACGGAAGAUCAGUCCGGUCUCCAGUACGACCGCACAAGUCCCGGUUUCCAGGCGUUGGCAAAGAUCGCGACACUCUGCAACCGGGCUGAGUUCAAGGCUGGGCAGGAUCGCGAGCCGAUCUUGAAGAGGGAAGUGGCCGGCGACGCUUCGGAGGCUGCCCUGCUCAAAUGCAUGGAGCUCGCUCUCGGCGACGUCAUGGGAAUCAGAAAGCGCAAUAAGAAAGUAUGCGAGAUUCCUUUCAACUCGACGAACAAGUACCAGGUCUCUAUCCACGAAUCGGAUAAUCCGGACGACCCCAGGCACCUGCUAGUGAUGAAGGGCGCCCCGGAGAGAAUCCUCGAUCGCUGCUCGACCAUAUUCAUCGGCGGCAAGGAGAAAGUGUUGGACGAGGAGAUGAAGGAGGCGUUCAACAAUGCUUAUCUUGCGCUCGGUGGUCUCGGUGAACGUGUACUCGGUUUCUGCGACUACAUACUGCCGUCCGAUAAAUUCCCGAUCGGCUUCAAGUUCAACUGCGACGACCCGAAUUUCCCAGUGGACGGACUCCGCUUCGUGGGCCUGAUGUCUAUGAUCGACCCGCCCAGGGCUGCGGUGCCCGACGCGGUCGCCAAGUGCCGCUCCGCCGGCAUCAAGGUCAUCAUGGUAACCGGUGACCAUCCGAUCACUGCCAAAGCCAUUGCCAAAUCCGUCGGCAUCAUCUCUGAAGGUAAUGAAACCGUCGAGGACAUUGCUCAACGGUUGAACAUCCCGGUAUCCGAAGUCAAUCCUCGCGAGGCAAAAGCCGCCGUCAUCCACGGAACCGAACUCAGGGAACUGAACUCCGACCAACUGGAUGAGAUUCUCAGGUACCACACCGAAAUUGUGUUCGCCCGUACUUCUCCUCAGCAGAAGCUCAUCAUCGUCGAAGGCUGCCAACGAAUGGGUGCUAUCGUCGCCGUAACCGGUGAUGGUGUGAACGAUUCGCCCGCGUUGAAAAAGGCCGACAUUGGUGUAGCCAUGGGUAUCGCCGGAUCUGAUGUGUCCAAGCAAGCGGCCGACAUGAUUUUGCUCGACGACAACUUCGCCUCGAUCGUAACUGGUGUCGAGGAGGGUCGAUUGAUCUUCGACAACCUGAAGAAAUCCAUCGCAUACACCCUCACCUCGAACAUACCCGAGAUCUCACCUUUCCUGGCGUUCAUCCUUUGCGACAUUCCUCUGCCUCUUGGUACCGUCACUAUUCUCUGCAUCGACUUGGGAACGGACAUGGUGCCAGCCAUCUCACUUGCCUACGAGGAGGCAGAGAGCGAUAUUAUGAAGCGACAUCCACGAAACCCGUUCACUGACAAGCUAGUUAACGAAAGUGGUGGAUGGCAGGUGCCGGCCAUCUCGCUAGCUUACGAGGCACCGGAGUCGGACAUUAUGAAACGGCAGCCCCGCGAUCCUUACAGAGACAAUCUUGUCAACCGAAGGCUUAUUUCGAUGGCGUAUGGUCAGAUCGGUAUGAUCCAGGCCGCGGCCGGUUUCUUCGUCUACUUCGUGAUCAUGGCUGAGAACGGAUUUCUGCCAUUGUAUCUUUUCGGUAUCCGAAAAAUGUGGGACUCCAAGGCUAUCAACGAUCUCCGCGACAGUUACGGACAAGAAUGGACCUACAGGGACCGGAAGACAUUGGAAUUCACCUGCCACACGGCCUUUUUCGUUUCGAUCGUUAUCGUCCAGUGGGCCGACUUGAUCGUUUGUAAGACACGACGUAAUUCCAUCGUCCACCAGGGAAUGAGAAACUGGGCCCUGAACUUUGGUCUAGUGUUUGAGACCGCCCUCGCCGCGUUCCUAAGCUACACACCCGGCAUGGACAAGGGUCUCCGCAUGUUCCCUCUCAAAUUCGUAUGGUGGCUGCCCGCCCUUCCCUUCAUGUUCGCCAUCUUCAUCUACGACGAGACGAGACGAUUCUACCUCCGCCGGAAUCCAGGAGGCUGGCUCGAACAAGAAACUUACUACUAGACGCGGAAGGAGGAUUUAAUCAUACACGCAGAGCGCGCGCGCAAGAGUUACAAGAGAGCGAGAGAGAGAGAAUCAGAGAGAAUGUUGAGAGAGUACGAGAGAGUGAGAUAUCGCAUAUUAUCCACACAGAAUAUACAACCAGAAACCUAAAUAAGUAAACAGAAAAAAAAUAAAACGAAACAAUGCAUAAAACAGCCGAGCGAUGGAGAGAAGAGGUCGAAGGAUCACUCACAUCAAAUACACAUACACACACAUAAUUUUACCAUGGGGCGUGCUAUUCGGGUCUCACCAGAUUAUAUUAUAUUCAGUAGAAGGGACAAUUCGCAUCAGCUGAGCCGAAUCGUCGAACGACCGUCGCGUCGCGCUUGAAGCCGAGACGAGGUGAUGAGAAAUGCUUUGCGUCGGAGUACAGAGCAGCCUUCGCUGACGCUGUGUAUGAAGUACAAAAAAAAAGCGGGGAGAGGGAUACUAAAGAGGAACGAGAGGAUGAAGCGUUCGCCGUUCUGGCUCUGCGAGUUGCUUGCACGCGCGUGCCGGUGUAUCAUUAAAAAAAAUCGAGAUAGAUCGUUGUUUUUUGAAAAAACAUCGAAAGGAUCGACCGAGGAGAUGAAAGGGUUCUACGAGCAACGUCGUCAGGAAGACAUCGAGUUCUUCCGGGUACACACAUGCUUGAUUCACGAGGGUCGCAGGGUUUGGUGCUGUCAUCCGAUAUGUAUCGAACGAAGAGAGGAAGUACCAUAGUAGGGCCUAAGACACGAGAAUAAAAUGGAAAGAAACGGCGCAGAGGACGAUGUCACUGAACGACGGAGACUACAAACGUAAUGAAAAGUGGGCACUUGUGUAUUCUUUUUUCGAGUCCGGAGUAGAGAUAGCGCCAAAUCGACGGAUAACGCGCGCGUCCGUGUGAACAUCGCCGGGUGUACGACGUGGAUGAUACAUUCUUAGAAGUGAACGGAUAUAAUUAGCGAACGAUGGAGUAGACGUUUUGUGAUAUCAGAGAAACAAAAAUUAUUCAUAUAGGCAUCCCGUUUAAAUAAACGAGUAAAGAUCACUGCGCUCUAUUGGCACGCCCUUGUUAAGAGUUAAAGAAAAAAAAGUUAAAAAUGCAAUGUAGUCUCGAUUAAAGAAACUAAAUAACUAAAUAAGAGUGGUAUUAUAAAUGUUACACUGAUGCAGAAGUUUAAGAAUCGACGAUUAAGAAUUAUCAUUCGCAAUCGACACUCACGAAACAAAACGUAUUUACAGAUAGACGUAUCGUGACACCUGCAUUGUCUUAAAAUAGAACAUUUCUUAAUUGUUGAUCAAAGAGAGGAGCGAGUAUCAGCGAAGAUCAGUACACUAGAUUGGCACGCCCUAGUUCACUCGCAACGCGACAGAGAGAAAACAAAUGAAUGGAAAGCGAAAUGGAAUUACUGGAAUAUAAAAUGGACAGAUGACAGUAUAAAAAGAACAUAAGAAAAGAAAAUUACAAAAAAAAUGAAGAGCUAAGGUGCAGAAGUAAUGAGAAACGCGUUCGCAGUACUCGUCAUCAUUCUUAAUUACAAGUUUAGUUCGAGUCUUUAAAAUCCGAGUAGCUGUUGAAGCCAGAAGUCGCAUCGCGUAGAUAUUCCGUAGUUCGCGAGUCUCUGCACGAGGAUCACGAGGCUUGGGGAUGGACCCGUAUCAGAGAUGGACUUCUAAAGGGAAGAAUGCGAAACGAAGAAGACCAAGAAGGUGCAAGGGAAGCUGUUAGACGCGUGGGGGUGAGCACGGGAACAGACAGCAAACGGACGCUAUAACAAUUAAUCUACAACUCGUAUCACUACCAAACAAUGAAGAUAAAACCAAUAGGAAACAGGAGAGCCAAAAGCAAGACAGAAGAUGGUUGUUCGAAUUGCGCGCGAGCGAAUGAUAAAACGGUGGUCGUGGCCGCGGUUUCGGGAUCCAGUGAACUGGGUGAUUUGCAUCCCACGAUCCACUGUUACGGAACUGGACAAACGAGUUAAAUAAACAUGUUACUGAUUAUAAAAAAAGAACGAGAAACGAGCUAAAUAGAGAUGCGAGAAUUAAAAAUAGCCGCGCCGCUUCCGGGACCGCGUGUACUUCCCGGGGUGUGUUAGCGCUACGAUAGUCGAGGUAAACAGGAUUAUAAAAAAAAAUGCUAGUAGAGGAUGGUAACGACGUAGAGGAGAAGCACAGAGUGGAUAAAAUUAUGGAAAAUAAAGCAAACGGGAAAAUGAGUAAAAAAAACAUUCUUACUUAGGCAAAACUAAAAAGUAAAAGAAAAAUGGUAUAAAUUCAUUCUCUUAGUUCUUCAUAGGUUUAAAUGAAACGCCAGCGGGACAGCUCGCUACAAACCAUUAAUUAUUGACCCCCGAACGCAGAACGCCCUGUACCACCAACCCGUGGUCUGUCGUGUGUAUGUGUGUGUUAGUGUCGUAACCCCUUCGAAUUUUUUAGGAACGACAACAUACCACCAACAACAACGUAAAAAACGUACAAAAAAACGAAAAAAAAAGAUAUAACGAUGAACGAAGGUGACUUAAACUGGCUGCCACGCGACAUUUCGGGCCGGGACGAUCCGAGGCGUGCGAUCAUGUUAGGUCUUGGUUUCGAUUGCUUCUUCGAUGGGAAUCGUACGCAUACGCAGAGAAAAAAAAAAUAUCCGUUCUUCAUUUCUCUUUGCUUGUACCACUUUUCUUUUCUGAGAUCCUCGUUAUUCGCUUCCGCGGCUUCUCGGUGUGCACACGCGAACGUCGGUGAAGUGGGCGCUUCGUUUCGAGCGGACAGCUUCGGGGCGGAAGCGUUGGUAACGUAAGGCGAACUCGAUCGAUGGAUCUUCCGCGAUUCAUCAAUCGAAACUAACUUUACUCGUUGCGACGAUUCGACUCGUUCCCAACGAACAAUCUCGGUGGGUUCUUUACCACGUUCUCUGGUUCGUUUGUUCCACGCGAAUCAAGGCGAAUGGACCGUCGAGAUGGUUACAGGCAGACGAAGAGGGUGACGCUCGCUCGGCGGUCCUGGCCCCAAAACUACCCUAAGUGUUCAAUAAUCGAGGUGUUCUCUCGAGGUGCCGCACACGCGUAACACGUUCUUCGCUCGCUGAUCUCGCCGAAUUCUGAACUUCGUUCAGGAACAAAGAAAUCAAACGAAGAUCCUGACGGUUGACACUUUCCUCCAGCCCUUCCGAUGAAAUAUUCACUGUUGCGCGCGCGACGGGCUGGUCGAAACGGUCGGGUUCGGUUCAGUCUCCGAUGAAUCUCUGAUGUUCGAUCAAGAAAUUCGGUGCGAUCGGCGAAGCUUAACCGAAUCGUUUUUCGAGACACGCGGAUCGCCAUUCGAAUCCAACCGACAACGUCUACGAGAGAAACGAGAUGAAGACUAGAAGAAGGAAACACGGAAAGAAGGCAGCAGUGUACCAUCGCGUUGCUCGUCGAACUCGGACUCGCAUUAGAUUAAAAAAAAAAGAGAGAGGGUAACACGAUAUACGAUCAUGCGAAACGUCCCCGGAAUUUGUCUUCUUCCUCGGUCAGAGGAAGGAGAUACUCGAGAAAUCGGUCGAUGCUAGGUAUUCAUACAAAAAGAAGUUCAAUGUUCACGCCAGUUGUUUCUGUUAUCAUGGUGUCUCUUGGUUUCGCGUUGCGGGAAAGUGUUAUGCCGAUAUUGUAGCUGCACGUACGUAUUCGAACAGAGGAUAUAUCGAUCAUUCCUGUCACAACGAAAUUGAUCAAACGGACGUGAGGAAAGGGAGAUAGAUUGCCUUCGGCGGAUCCCUGUGUUUCGAGGUAGGACGCGGACGAGAGAGGAGUAAUAGAAUCCGACGGACGGAGGAGUGAAAGUUGAGGUAAACGUCGGCAAGGGAGAUACAUUAUACGUAGAUGCGUUGGCUCACAAUCGUUUUUGCAGAAUCGCUCGCAAUGUGGAUUAAAUUGUCGGGGAUAUUUGGGUCGGAGGAUCCGUGGUUUGUCGACAGGGUGUUCCGUGCCCGGGGGGCGUAGGAGCCCAAAAAUUGCUUUGCCGUCGUGCUCUUUACUUUAGGCUAAUAAUUUAAAUAUUAAUACUAUAAUAAUAAUAAAUAAUAAUGAUAAAUAAUAAUAAUUAUAAUAUAAUACAUGUUACAAUAAGAUAUUAUUAGAUGUAAUUAUUAUAUAUGGGUUAGUCUAGAUCGUGUUGUUGAAGAAAAAAAAAACAAAGUACGUAUAAGCGAACAAAAAAAUAUGAACAGAGAUGAUUAUGAAGAGUAUGACGACGACGAGGAAGAGAUGGGGCGGAGAACGCGCGAGAGAAAGAGAGAGAGAGUAAAAAAAAUUAAGGGAAGGAGGGCGAUGAAGCGAGGGAAAAAAAUUCGGUCUAAGACCAUAAAUAUCUUUGCGGCGGACUGAGCGGGACACAGACGAGAGAAUCCGCUUUAUGUUUGUUCUGUGCGCAUGAACGUACGUACAUAUUAUACAUAUAUAUACCUACGUAUUUUUUUCAGACAAGCAAGUUCGUUUAUAAUCUUCGAGACACGAAACGAAUUCAGCAAAUCGCGCACUCAUCGAAUAUCGCGUCAUGUUUAGAGUGAGAUAUAUUACAUACAUACGCAUUUUUAGUGACUUUUCCGUGCGAGAGCGCGUUCCUUUAAUUUUACCUUUUUAUUUCGUUUCUCCGCUGCGUUUUCGAUUACGCGGAUAGAUUUGCGGGUUUCUCGGCAACGGCGUCGCUUUUUUAUCUUUUUUUCCGUACCAUCACACACCGCGGAUUCCUAGAUAAAGACAAUCCUCGGCACGCGAGUCGCAAAUCUUUUCGUGUUCUGCAAAACGAACAAACACGCGGAAACCCAGCGCGAACGUCCCAAACGAAGGAAACAAUAUAUGAAUUGGUUUUUCGGGUGUAUCGGCGUAAAAGUGCGGGAGAAAACGAAACGCGUGAAUGUGGGCGAGAGAACGUGUGUUUUAAUAAUAACGGAUUCUUCGCUUUUCUGUUGCCGCGAUCAAAGAGCCUAAUCGGCCAGCGAAAUUACUCGAGUCGGAAAUUGAGAACAAAAA